GUCGCAUCGCGACCGCCUCGUCUGUUUUAACACUCUCACCGGGCCGCUCGGUGGAUCGAUCGGUGGAAGAACCGGGACGUAUACGCGUGUCAUCGUCGAUCGUCAAUCGUCUACAAAUACGUCUCGAGAAGACGUAGAAAAGGAGAGUAGAGAAAAAGAGAGAGAGAGAGAGAAGAAGAAAGACAGAGAGAGCCAUGAGACUAGCAGCAGUGUUGACGUUGCUAUGCUGUCUGGUGAUAGGGGCACUUGCCUCGCCGGUGCCUAAGAUUGCUGACAGCAAGGUGUCGACUCAGAAUGUUGUUGCAACCGGCAGGCAAGCGCCUGCGGCGCCAGUCGCCACCGAUGAUGACGAUGACGACGACGACGAUGAUGACGACGACGUCGAUAUAGAUAUCACUGAUGAUGAUGAUGAUGAUGAUGACGAUGAUGACGACGAUGAUGAUGACGACGACGACGACGAAGAUGACGGCGAUUAUUUGGAGCGUUUCAUUGAAGAUAUACUUGGAGGAGAGGAAGACGAUGAUGAUGACGACGAGGAUGAAGUCGCUUCACCGGCACCUGCCGUUGCAUCCGCCGUAACACCUCCACCUACCCCCGUCAAUUCGCCACAGGUGCCGCUCGCCGUGGCGGCUGAUUUGAAUCAAGCCAGCGAGGAAGCUGCGGAGGAUGCCGCGUCGAGUGAGACGGUCGAGGACGAUACCGGCAGCUACGAGGAUGAGGCGGGUGACGUUGCCGAGAAUCAGGCUGCAUCCAACAUUCACGAGACGACGUUCGAAGGUGCCGAGUCCGUCUCGAAUCCGAUAUCAAUCCAGGCCGUUGGAGCUUCUCCCAGCGUUGCAGCGGUUGCUCAGGUCAGCGACGAGGACGACGACGAUGACGAUGAUGACGACGACGAUGAUGUAGAUCUAGACAUCACGGACGAUGAUGACGACGACGACGACGACGACGACGAUGAUGAUGAUGAUGACGACGAUGAUGACGACGACGACGUGGAUGACAUCGCCGACAUCGCCGACGCUAGGCACGCACGUGCCAUGGACUCCGAAUCGAGUGGUCACAUGCCAGCGAUUUAUGUAGCAAAAUAUAAUCGGUUCGUCGAUAAUAUUCUCGGCAAGAUCAACAAUAUUCUGCGGGCCAAUUAUGAACCGGUGACUGUGAAACUAACGAAUUCAAAUUCAAGCUCCAAGAAGAACAAAAACAAGACUAAGAGGAAGGGCACCAAGAACGGUACCAAAAAGAGCGCCUCAAGGCCGAUCGACACGUCCGUUGUCACUGAAAAGAGUGACAAUGAAAAUAAAAUCGAGAAAGUCACGCAGACCAUUGAAUCUAUAACGCAAAUAAACGAAGCGGAAAAAGAACCGAUUUCAUUGGAAUCUCCUGCAGAAAUGAGAUCUAAUAAUAGACGUACGACCAAUAAGAGCAAUAAGAACUCUAACAAGAAUCGCAAACGAACGAAGAAUAGGACUAAAAAUCAAAGCAGCAACAAGAACAAGACCAAGUCUAAGAGCAGACCAAAAGCGAGAGCCACUCUGUAUGGAUUGGCAUCCUUGCAGAGGACGGGCGACGUAUCGGUGAACAUGAUGAGCGAUCACACGACAAUUAAGACCAAGUUCAGCCUGGGACCAUUGGUGCUGAAGGUCGAGAAAGAGUUUGGCAGAGCCGCGAAAAAGGAGCUGAGGAGCGCGACCGCUACUACGGCCGAGAUGUCUGGCAAACUGAGCCUCCGUGUGUUGCACGGCGGUGCGGCGACGCUGCAUUCUAUUCGAGUUUUGCAACCUAAACAGGUUCGAGUGGAAAGCCAAGACGAUCAUGACCGAACGCGGGAGUUUGUAUGGAAGAGAUCGUCGCAUAUCGCGCAUUUGGUGUCGCAGAAACUUUCCUCGGCCACCAGGUCAAUGCUUCGACCGCCACCUGUUUCACCUGCAGCUCGAAAUAGGAUCAAGGAUAACGACGUCAUAAAUUUUUUCACGUCUACGUGCUACGGCGUCAUACGAGAAACCGGUCAGUUGCACAUUCGAAUACACACAUUUUCAAGAAAAUACAUUUUAACUCUUUUUGCUUCGUGCAAAAUGGUUUCGUUAGUGACAGGUGUCAGAGCUACGAGCUCUCUUUAUCACUUCUGCGCUUGUGCCGCAAGGACAUUGACUACGAGCGCGAUGCCAAGUCCUAAGGACGAAGCGAAAGAAGUGAUCGUCAGUUACUUGGAUGGCAAAGACAAUGGUAUUGCUGUAUUAGGAUUAAACAGGCCUGCCGCUCGUAAUUCUUUCGGAAAGACCUUGAUCUCUCAGUUGAACGAAGCGCUAGCCUCCAUUAGGCAAAACAACAAGUUGAGAGUGCUGAUAGUACGCAGCCUGGUCCCAAAAGUAUUUUGCGCUGGGGCAGACCUGCGAGAGAGAUUUAAAAUGGAUAAUUCUGAGGUGCUGCAAUUCGUGUCCUCGCUGAGAGAUCUUAUGACCGACGUGGAGACCCUACCGACGCCGGUGAUAUCGGCCAUCGAUGGUGCAGCAUUGGGCGGAGGAUUGGAGCUCGCGUUAGCCAGCGAUAUCAGAGUCGCUUCCUCCGAAGCAAAGAUGGGCCUCGUUGAGACUAAACUAGCCAUAAUCCCAGGCGCCGGCGGAACGCAGAGACUUCCGAGGAUAAUCGGAGCAGCCAAGGCUAAAGAAUUGAUCUACACCGCACGGAUUCUGGAUGGUGAGCAGGCGCUGCAAAUCGGUCUCGUGAACGAGGUAGUUUCACAAAACAAGGUCGGCGAUGCAGCUUAUCAAAUGGCUCUUUCGAUCGCGAGAGAAAUUUUACCCAACGGCCCUAUUGGUGUUAGAUUGGCGAAAGUAGCGAUAUCUAAAGGUAUGGAAGUCUCUCAGGAAGACGGUAUGGAGAUCGAGGAACAAUGCUACAGCAAGCUUGUGAAUACGAAGGACAGAAUCGAAGGACUUGCCGCUUUCGCGGCGAAGCGCGUACCUAUCUAUCAAGGAGCGUAA